CGGGGCUGAGCGGCUGGGUAAUCGCGGCUUGGCAGCGAGGGCCAUGGCUGGCUUGGUGGACUUUCAGGACGAGGAGCAGGUCAAGUCGUUUCUGGAGAACAUGGAGGUGGAGUGCCACUACCAGUGCUACCGCGAGAAGGACCCGGACGGUUGCUAUCGGCUGGUGGACUAUUUGGAAGGGAUCCAGAAGGAUUUUGAUGAGGCUGCCAAGGUGUUGAAGUUCAACUGUGAAGAGAACAAACACAGCGAUAGCUGCUACAAACUGGGGGCCUAUUAUGUGACUGGAAAAGGUGGACUGCCUCAGGACCUGAAAGCUGCCUCCAGCUGCUUUCAAAUGGCAUGUGAGAAGCCCGGGAAGAAAUCUGUGGAGGCGUGUCACAACGUUGGUCUCCUGGCGCAUGAUGGACAGGUCAAUGAGGAUGGCCAGCCUGAUUUGGGGAAGGCCAGAGACUACUACACAAGGGCCUGUGAUGGCAGCUAUGCCUCCAGCUGCUUCAACCUCAGUGCCAUGUUCCUGCAGGGCGCCCCUGGCUUUCCCAAGGACAUGGGCCUGGCGUGUAAAUACUCAAUGAAAGCCUGUGACCUGGGCCAUGUCUGGGCCUGUGCCAAUGCCAGCCGCAUGUACAAGCUGGGGGAUGGUGUCGAUAAGGACGAAGUCAAGGCUGAGGUGUUAAAAAACCGGGCCCGGCAGCUGCACAAAGAACAGCAGAAAAGUGUCCAGCCUUUAACGUUUGGGUAGAGUGGCCCACCCUCUUCUCAACAAACAGCUUGAGGCUGGCACCUCUUCUUUCUGAUGCAGCUCUUGGAGGUCAACCUGCUGGAGCAGGAAGACUGGAAAUUUGGUAUCAGGAGCUCUGGUCACCUAGACCCAUUGCCCCAGGGUGUCAUCUACUGGGAUGUAGCCUGAAAUGUUUGUUUCAGUCAGUAUUCCUUUAUCUGGUGUGUUCUGUGAUGACACUCACGUUUAUGGGGUCUUAGUUCUCAAACUCUUGUAGCUCUGUGAAAAACAGCAAACUGGAGAGCCAUAGAGAUUGGG